UUACUAAGGAGUGGGGAAGGCGCCACCGUGGAGCGGCUCGGAGAACCCCGGGAGGCUCUCAGGCGCGCAUCCCGCCUGACCGGGUCGUCGCGUCCGCGGACCUCUCGGAGGCGGAAGCGACGCCGGAGGCAGGAAGAUGGCUUCCUCAGGAAUCUACAAACUGGAUGAUGGGCAGCCUUACCUGAACAACUGCUUUCCAGCCAAAAAUCUCCUUCGGAUGCCGCAGGAAGGCCGAGGACACUGGUUAGUAGCUCGGAAGGGUAGCCUCAAGAAGAAGCUCAAGAGUAUGGUUGAGGCACCAGCUGAAGGUCAGGAAAGCCAGAAGAAAGUUUCUUUUGAAGUCAGGAGGAAGAAAGGGUCUCGGCAGGAAAACCAAGCGGACAUUCCUGGACACAUCCUGGACUGUGCUUUCCUGCUGAAGCACCACUGUGUGAGAAAGCCAUCGGACCUGUGCAGCAUUAAUGUCAGUGGCCUGAAGUUCUCCCAGGCUAAGGAAAAGGACUUCAAGCAUUUUCAUUCUGUGGUUUAUAUCAAUGCCUCAGAAAACUUGCUGCCUCUAGAGGCAUUUCACACAUUUCCAGCCUUAAAGGAACUGGAGCUUGCAUUCAAUGGCAUCAAAACAAUCUACGUGAAAUAUGGAGACUUUAAGUUAUUGGAAUUCUUGGACCUUUCCUUCAAUAGCCUGACUGCAGAGGCCAUCUAUGAUCUGGGAAUUCUGCCACACCUUCGUGUCUUGCUCCUUACAGGCAAUGGGCUAACCUCCCUGCCACCCAACUUGGCUGUCUCAGAGCGGGAAGCAUCUAGGACAUCGCUGACAAGCAAGAGGCACAUCCUGAGGUUCCCAGCCCUGGAGACACUGAUGCUAGAUGACAACAAACUCUCCAACCCCAAUUGCUUUGCCAGCCUGGCUGGGCUCAGGAGACUGAAGAAGUUAAGCCUGGACCAAAACAGGAUUUUCCGGAUCCCGUACCUACAGCAGGUUCAGCUCUUGGAUGGGUCAGGGAGCAGGGUUAGAGGCAGUCGAAGUCCCCAGAGAGAGCACCAAUCCAUGCUGCAGCCCAAGUGGAUGUUUGAGGCCUCAGAUGAGCAACCAGAUUAUACUGUGCUGCCCAUGAAAAAGGAUGUUGACCGGACAGACAACCAAGGCAUGUGCACUUCCUCCCAUAUUCAAGAUUCUUCCUGUGAAGUCACUGCAGGCCAGGAACCAGACGCUGGCCCCACCCUUCCCGGAGCUGAGGUACCUUAGCGUGGCC